AUGGAACCAGAACAGAAGGCCCUCACCUCGGAGCGUGACGUCAUUCUCGCGCAGGUGAAGGAGGAACUGUCCACCGCGAAAACAGUCAAGGCCCGCAAUCCGUCCCUCGGCGAAGUGGCGGAACGGCGGGGCAAACUCAUCGAACUUGCUCGGUGUUUCGAAGCCGUCCAAACCGCGAUUGAGGAGGCUACAUCCAACCUGGAGGAGGAGUUCAACAACCGACUUCAGUUCGAAGAAGCGUACUAUCGAGCAAAGGAUUUGUACGCUGAGCGCCUGGAGGACAGCGAGCCCAAAGCCGGUACGGGCAAUCGGCAGAAGUGCGAUGAUCUGUGGGACGCCGUCAGGAUCAUUCAGGAGACACAACAGCAGAUUCUCCUCAUGCAGUGCCAGAACCCGCCGCCGCUGGCGCCACCGGCGGGGAGUCAGGUGUCGAAUUCGGAACCCCAAAGCGUCGCGAAGGCGCUGAAGGUGUUUGCCAAGCCUGCCGAAGAGAAGUUGCAAGCGUGCCGCACGGCCGGCUGCCAGCAACGACACCACACAAUGCUAUGCUUGCAGCAGCAGCAGAUUCAUGAACCGGAAGAGGCAGGCCGCGACCGACCUGCAACACAACCAAGGAGAACGGAGGUCUCGGCAGUCUCCGAGAACGCAACUCAAUCGAGAUGGUCGUCGGUGCCAUUACCGCCUGCGGAGAUCGUCUGCAAGGAGAAAGAGGACGGAGAAUCGCAACAGGUGCGAGGUCUCGUCAACAACAACAGCGGAUCACAAGUAUCCCACAUCACGGAGGAAUCGGUCAAGCGCUUUGGGAUGAAGUGCACGAAUGCCUCUCUGGAAGUCUCCGAGGCCAACGGAGAUAUCGUCGGGACCACGCCCGGCGCAGACACGCGGGUGAUGCCUUCGCGUUUCAACGGUGAAACCAAGCUCACCACGCAAGCCUACGUUUUGGGAGGCCUGACGGCGGCCUUGCCGAGUCAGCGCUUCAGCGUAGCAGAUGGACAGGUCAAGAAUCUACAAAGAAUCCUCGUGGCACAGCGUUUCAUCUUCGGAUGGAUGGUGGCGAGGAAAAUCUGGAAGCCGUGUCGUACACGCACUCCCUACAUGGUUCUUGACGUCGCCCAGGAACUCGACAUCAAUCGCUCCUUGCGGUUGUCCUGGGAGGACCAGGAGAUCCUCGGUACAAAGCGCCUGCGGGCCAACAAAGGCAAGUUCCAACAGGAAUCCAACUCCAAGGAACAGAUUGUGAAGGAGGACAUCAUCGGGAUCAAACUCCGGGUCGUUCACGACGGCUUCUACGCCACAACGACUGGGGUCUCGCGGAACAAUCUGGAUCGACAAAACACGAAGCUAUGCAAGAAACUCCGAACUGUUGGUCCGGCGAACAAGUACAAGUACACAAAGGGCAAGCAGAUUCUCGAGAAGCGCUUGUCGCUGAUUGAAGUGUGCCGACAGCGAUCUCGAGUCAUACGGUCCCUCAACAACCUGCGACCGGAAAAGCGUUCCGGCUCAAGCACCCCAGGGAUGCAGUUCGCGAGGCUGGCCAGAUCAAGCGGGACUGGUUCGGAAAGUGACGACGCGACGAGGAAAGCACGAGUACCAUCGCUCGGUGCAGGAGAUCAGAAGAAGGUUGAGACGCUGUCUCAAGGCGGGGAGGAUACCGGCGGCAAGUCCGGUAACAUCGAACACUGCGUGAUCCCCAGCGGAGCAGCAAGUGCGAAGAAGAUGGAGCGGUUCAGGGAGAUCGUCCACCAGCGUGAGCUGGCUCAAGGUAAGCUCACCACUAUACUUGAAAGCGUGGCAAGUGCCACGACGCUUACAUGGGCCACGUUGAAGACGUGCCAGAAGGACGUAGAAGCCGCGUACGAUGCGUACCACACGGCGUACGGUCAAAUCCUCGGCAUGGUCUCGGCAACCUUACGGGACGAGCAGGAUGCUCUCUACGACGCCUUCGAUGACUUGCACACGGAGGUCCUAACGGUCAUCGAAGAGAAGUUGCAAAAGGUGAGCCAGCCCACACGACGAAGAAACGCGUACACGCCUGGUGUACCACAAUGGGUGGACGAGACAACGAACCCAACAACCGCUAAGAUCGUCGGAUGCGCCAACGAGGCGGUCAUCGACGAACCCCAGAAGCGUUCCGGGAAGCUGCUGGCAGAGCAGCUGGACACGGAAGAUCGGGUACGACCGGAGUUCACCAUCCCGCAUGGUGAACGGUCCGAGAACAACCACAAGAUCGAGAAGCCCAAGACAAUCAUCGACACAUGCAAGAUCGCUGACGAGAAGGACUCGUCACAUCCCACCAAGAAGCCACCCGGACAGAACGCAACGGAUGAUCCGGGUCAGCAGAAGAUGGUCUUGACCGCCGGAAGUGAGCCGCCACAGAAGUGCGACGUGUGCGGACUAGGCCAGCACAAGAGCUGGAAGUGUCCGCAGUUCCUGGAGAUGGCAGUCCCCCAGCGGCUGAUCAAGGUUAAGGAGAAGCAGCUCUGCUUCAACUGCCUCCGGACGGGACAUACCUCAGCGCAGUGUGUGUCCACCGGAGCGUGCGCAACGUGCAAGAAGCGGCACAACACCCUGCUGCACGCCGAGUACCGGAAAAACCCAAAGCAACCAACAACACAAACGAAGGUGGAGCAACCUGGUGCUCCACAACAAGCCGAAACGGAUCAAGUGACGCCAGAGGCCAGCUCCUCUGGACAACUAGCGCCGGACGCGCUGUCAGCCAUCGCGGACUUUCGAGACGAACCCUGCAGCCCAAACCCUUGCCGUGGUUUAUUGAUCACAAGUAAGUUCGACACACACUUGACGAAGAACACUCUGGACAUACACAACGCGAACGAGUUGGCUGGCGUCGAAAGGAUGCAGCCACGUUCCACCAUCUCGGUGAUUCCUGCGGGAGUCCAACUCGCUGACAGAGCCAACUUGGUGGCUUUGCGCGAGGUGGGGCUCAGCCAGGACACGGACAGCACCACUGGAAGCAGCGUAGCGCGCAAAGUAGCGGUUCGGGCUCAAGCCACGGCGUUUGAGGACGAACCCGAGUUGGAGCAGCACACCGAAGAGCGUGAAGUUAAAGCCUACAAGACAACAAGUUCUGUGAGUGAUCAAACGCAGCAAAGAAAGUUUUACCUGCCGCUCCACGCGGAGGUACAUUCAACGAAGACGAUGCCGGAGUUGGUGCGUACAAGGACGGCCUCGGCGCCGUUAACAGCUGCUGCCGCUUGCAUGCAGCUGAUGGUGGGUGAGCGGUUGAUGUUUCCAGGAGUUGCAGCACCAGCGAAAGCGAGGCAGAUGAGCUGCAUUGUAAGAUCCCAUCCACACGAGCGGUCGGUGUAUGCCGACCCACUGAAGCGAGUGACACCUGACGGGCCUGGAGAAAGUUCAUGGAGAAGCAGAACAAGAUGCCGGUUUCCGACAAUCGGCAUGAAACAGGAAGUACUGAAGUUCAUCCCUCGAGGCGUUCAGUCCUUUUGGCAGCCCCUGCGACUGUCAACUGCGUCUGUACGAAACAACACGACCUGUAAGUACGGCACGAAGUUAAGCAACAUGAUGAUACAAGUACGCAACUGGUCGAAGCCAACGAAACCCCCUGAAGAAACAACUCAAGACUUGCCUGAUCCUCUUGGACAACAUACGGGAGCCGGAACGCUGGCCAACCCACGUGUUGGAGUUCCGACCGAAACUGGAAGGCAGAAGUGUGAGCUUUGGAUCGCCUGGAGAAUGCACGCAAUUCUUCGCGGGUGGAGGAUGUUCGAGCCUGACAGGAUCAGCUCGAAGAAAAUUUGGAGUGGUUUUGGCAGCCCUGCGCUUGCUGCGAUGACAGUCGUAGCGACGAUGGCUGCACAGCCUGCUUUGCUGUCAAAGACGACGGAGAGCGCGCGAAACGGCGUAUGCGAGACAGCAAGUGAGCCGAAGCAAGCAACGGCGCGUCGUUGACGACGGCGCAACAGCGCACGAAACGAGGUGCGCGGCAACAGAGCGCCGUGGAACACGACGGUGCGAGAGAAAGAGAACGAACGACGCACGACGACGGUCGUGUGAGCGUUUUGGCGCGCAACGAAGGAGGAGAGAACGAGAAAUGUGCGCGAAACCAGCAAGUUUGUCGCAAGCAGCCGAACCGGUCGGACGUAAAGACACCUCGUCGCGAUCGUCGGAAGAGACGCUAGUUUUUUAUCACAUAGUUUAACUUAGUUUAGUAAAUAGAAGUAGUGAGAGAAAAUCUAGUGUAGUGUUUGCGAUACUUCCGACCCUCCCAACUGGUUCCCCAAGUCCGCCUGAAGUGAAGCAAGAAUACA